AGUCAGACCUCUUUUCUUUUUAUACGCCCUUCGAAGAAUGAUAAGAGAAGAUGGAGGGGCUGCUGCGGCUUUGACAGACAAGCAAAGUGAAUGACGGCUCGUAAAUUAAAAGCUAGUGUUGCUAACUAGAAGUUGGUUGGUUUAAAUGGGGCUUACCAUUGUUUAUUUGCAUGUGUCUGGUAGGGCGCAGUAAACAGCGGCUACAUGAGCUAAUUCUAGCUAAUCAGUUGUGAUGGUAACAAGAUAAUGAGCGCUUUGGGAUUAGCUUUGUGUUUGCAUUUUUUCCAGCAUAUUUAAAUUACCGACGUCAGCUAUCUUUGCACUAAUUAUGAUUUAUUUGCGAGCGUACACCAUUAAUUUUCAGCUAAUGUUUACAUGACUUUACUCUUCUGUUGCUGUCACCUGUCUGUCCAGGUUGAAGACACUGGAGAGAAGUCACAUGAGGCCUUCUGAUCCUGCCAGAAGAACAUAUGGAGCCAGACAUAAUGCACUUGCACUCCUCUUCACCUCCUCCACUGGAUGGAGAUGGUGAUGGCGACAUGGGAUCAGAGAUAGAAGAGUUUGGGGAUUUUUCUGUGGGGGUGUCCUGCUCCCCUGUUGGCCUAGUUGAUGCUAUAGAACCACCGGCCCUAUUCAGACCGCCCUCUCCCACCACAAAACCAGAGACCCAUCAACCUAAUUCCUGCUUUAAUCAGUCGGUGGAACAAUCGCAACAGAUGUCAACUGUGAAGUCGAAGUCAGACCAGAGACAAUUUGAUUUGGAGGGGCAAAACUUCUCUUCAGAAUCAUCUUUGCACCUCACAAAUGGGUAUGUUCAAGAAGACCGAAAAUCUGGGGCCUCUGUAGUUCAUGCCUGCUCUCCCACGGAGGAAACAGGGUUCGCGGAUUUCACUGUGUUCACAGAGCAGUUGUCACACCCCUGGUGCUGUGGCUUCACAGAGCAGUGGGAUGACAAAGCAGUAGGCUCAAGCAGCAGUGUGGGUGAAGAAACAUGUAAAACAGGACAGGAGGUUAUUAUGGAAUCUGAACCUAGAUCCCAGCAUGUAAAUAAGGCGAACAAAGACGUCUGCGUAAGGGUCAAGCACUGUGAGAAAAAAGAUGGAGCACUCAUGCAACCACCUCAGGAUCACCAUCAGCCUCAGGAAGCUGCAGCAGCUUUGAAUUUUGCAUCCGGUGAGGAGGAUCCAGGCACGCCUCGGGACACUCAGGGGGAAAGGAGGUGCAGUUGUAAUUCUUUGCAAACCUUGGAGUGGCAGGGAAAUACAGAGAAUGUCCCUCAGACAUUCACUAUGUAUGAGUCUACUUCAGAUCUAGCAUCCUUUAGUGAUGAUUUGUCAUUUGAGGGUGUUUCUGCAGAUUUGGAGCCAAAUGUUUCAUCCCUUGGUUCUCAAGAUGAUCAUACUGAUUGCGACCGGACUGAUGAUGAGCAAGAAGAACUGGGAAACUACAGACAUUCUGCAUGUCAUGUGAGCAGCAGUAUGACAAACCUCAGCUUGUCUGAGUCAGAGAAGGACUUUUAUUAUUGCAGCAACUAUGCGACUCAGGAAUCUUCUGCUACCUCCAGCCAGCCACAGUCUGGCACAAAUAAAAAAGAGAAAUCAGCAGACUUUACUGACAGUAGUAUUGAGCAUCACUUGAACCAAGAAUCUGUUCUAGGAGCUGAUGCAGGGGUGCAGAGCCUGGGAAGCCUCCCACCAAGUGACAGCUUUGCAGAUUUCUGCUCAGCACCUACACAGGAGGAUGGAGAGGGGUUGUGGGCGGAUUUCAAGGAGCAGAGUGCACAAGUAGAAGAAAAAACUUGGACACAUUUUAGAAAACCAGUCAGCAACUUGCAGACUAAGGGAGAUGAUGAGGAGGAGCAGGAGAGGGCAGAACAACAUGGAGUUACACGGAGGAACAGCUGUCAGGCGACCCUAUCCUGCCACGUCCAGCAGCUCUUCCAGUCCAGUUUUCCAGAGGUAGUGGUCCCAGCUAUGGAAGGUGAGGAGGAGCUGCUCUUCUUGAGCGUUUUACUUCAAACCCAGCACUUUCCCGAGAGUGAGGAGGUGAUGCAAGAACUCAGUCAUGCUCAGAGGAUUCAGCAGGUGAUGUUGGGGCCACACCAGGACAUCCACAGUUCAGUUGGCCUCCAGUUUCAGUGGAGUGGCUCCCAUAGUAACAUGACUCUGCUCAGGUGCCUUGGUGUGGACUCUAGGAACAUUGUCUUCAUUGGCAAGAAAAAGCAGCCAGUGACUGUGCCUGCUUAUGCAUCUAGUUUGGGAAUGCUGGAACCCAUUAAAGACUCCUUUGUGCCAGCAGUUUGUUCUCCAAAACACUCAGCUGUCACAGCACCUGGGAGCCCUCGGGAAAAACCCAACACCUCAACACAUUCAGUGCAGGAGGAGCUUCCUUCCACCCAGCUGGACUGGACCAGCCGAGGCCUUAGCAGCUCUCAGGACGCAGGCAGCUUGGAUUAUUUUGGUCCUGAGGAGGAGAGCAGCUCCAACAACAGCAGCCGAGCCACCAGUCCUCCUCCUGGAGUUGACCGUGAGCUGUAUGAAUUCACCAUUAGCAAACUGGAAUCCAGUAAUAUAAGCAGUCAUCUUGAAGACACUUUAAAUCAUCUAAUGUCCACUGCAGAACAGACAAGCAUCACUCUCAGAAAAUCUUUGUCUGAUGAAGAGCUGGGUGCAGAGGCUGGCUGGGUGAUCGCUGGGCUUCCAAACCUGUCCUUCAUGCAGGCCAAGUUCCUCAUGUUCCCAAGUGUCCUCACACCAAAACACGCUGCUCCCCAAAAUGACAAUGACAUGUAACACCUGUGGGCUUAAUCUACUACUUAUUGCACAUUUGUGUGUUGUAAAACAAAAAAACAAAAAACAAACAAACAAAAAUAAAUAAAUAAAAACAACAACAAAAAACAGUAAAGUAAGGGGAAAGCGGGAUAAGAAAAGAAGUAUCUCUUCCUGUUUUUGUCAAACUGCUUCACUUGCUGGUAAUUUUCUGCAUCUAGACUGACCUGUCAAAAAAGAUUAAGAAUAUUUGCAUUAAAGAUUUAAUGUCAAAGCCCUUUAAUCAGCCAAGUGUAGAGAUGCAGGCCUGAAUCUGCAGUGUUGUUGUGUUAUUCUUCUUAAAGUUAUAUCUUUUGGCUUUAUUUAUGCUUUAAAUCACUGUCACAUGAAUGUACUAACUUUAAAUGCUGUUUAUGAAUUUAUUUACUUGUUAUAAUUAAAAAGCAUAUCGAUUUAUGACCAUAGGUUGUUUUUGAUAAAUCUUAAACUGCAUCUAAGGCAUAUUGAAGACAUCAUGGGGUUUAUGAGUAAUUUGAGAGUUCCUGAACAUGCAAAGUGAGGAUGCAUGGGAAAUCCGUUUUGUUUUAAAACUGUCAACAGCGUUUUGAAUGCAAGUCUGUUUUGAUAAUCGGAUUAGGCAUUCCCUUAUUCAUUAUGAACCUAAAAUAGUUAAUGGUGCGAAACAGUUACAUUUGAUUA